GUCGACAGUCAGUCUAUCGCUAUAACUAGCUGGAUAAGGACGUGUUAAAAUGUCAGAACAAGAAGUAACUAGUAGUUUAUGGGACGAAUUUACUAGUCCUGUCAAUUUAAUAUUAGUGUUUUUUAUUUUAUAUCUUUUGUACAAAAUUGUAAAAUCUCAUUUCGAAACUAUUGAACCGGCUGCGCCUGCGCCGCCGCCAAUGCCAAAACUUCACAAGGACAUGACAGUGGCUGAAUUAAGAAAAUAUGAUGGCAGUGAUCCGGAAGGAAGAGUCUUGAUUGCCGUGAAUAAUAUUAUUUUUGAUGUGACGAGAGGAAAAAGAUUUUAUGGACCAGGUGGUCCAUAUGCUGCGUUCGCGGGCAAAGAUGCGACGCGAGGUUUAGCAACCCAACAGGUAGCAGGAUCAGAGGUUGAAUACGAUGACGUCAGUGACCUCAGUCCUGACGAGCUUGCAGCAGCAAAAGAGUGGGAGGAACAGUUCAAAGAAAAAUACGAUAUUGUUGGCAGACUUUUAAAACCUGGAGAGGUACCAAAUAAAUCCAAUGAUGAUGACAGCGAGGAAAAGAAAACACAGUAGAUAAUAUAAUAUGCAAUGAAGUGAUUUAAUAUAACAAUGAGGAGUUAACUGGGUUAUGUUAAUUAAAUGUUUUAUAAGAAAUAUCACAUACAAUAUCUUCAUGUAAUAAAAAGUUACUUGGUUUCGA